GCUGCUGCUGCCGCGGGAGCGAGGCGGAAUGCAUUGACGUCACGAUGGUGCACGCUCAUACGCACGCGCGCCGUUCCACCGCUCCGUCGUGUGUGUGUGUGAGUGAGUGUGGUGGUUGGAUCGAGGCAGUCAUGAGGAAAGUGUGAGUGUGUGUGGAGUGUUGUGAAGCAGAGAGAGAGAGGGAGAGAGAGGGAGAGAGACAUCGGCGCUGCGUGUUCCUGUGGAGGGACACACUCACGGAGCUUCUGCGCAACAAUGGCGACUCUCCACACCUCGACACCUUGACACAACAAUUUCCCACCGGCUCUGUCUUUUUAUACCUUUUUGUAAGGUAAAAAAGGCCCCAAGCCCCUGACGUCCUUCAAUUUAAUCCAUCCUCCAGCGUACUCUCUUUCCAAGUUCUCACUUUGUCUCAAUCAUGGACUCCUGUGGAGAAAUUAUGGCUGCCCAGGAUGGACUCCUCGCCCCCAGGUGCGGCCCCUGUCGCUCUGAUCUCAGCGGACUGUACUAUCUGGGUCGGACAUUGGGAAGGGGUCACUUUGCGGUGGUUAAACUGGCUCGUCAUGUCAACACUGGCCAACUGGUGGCUAUCAAGAUGAUUGACAAGACAAAACUUGAUGUCAUGGCAACGAGUCACCUCUUACAGGAAGUGAGGUGCAUGAGGCUUGUGCAGCAUCCCAAUGUGGUCCGACUCUACGAGGUCAUUGACACACCCACCACCCUGCACCUGGUCAUGGAGCUCGCUGAGGGGGGCGACCUUUACGACUACAUCCUCCGCCACGAGGGAGGCGUGGCCGAGGGAACCGCCAAGCGCCACUUCGCGCAAAUUGUGCGUGCUGUGGCGUACUGCCACCAGCUGCACGUGGUACACCGGGACUUGAAACCCGAGAAUGUGGUGUUCUUUCCACAGCAGGGCGCCGUGAAGCUGACAGACUUUGGUUUCAGCAACUUAUUCCAACCUGGGACAAUGUUGGCCACCAGCUGUGGGUCGCUAGCGUACUCUGCCCCAGAGAUUCUGCUGGGAGAAGAAUAUGAUGCGCCAGCUGUCGAUAUCUGGUCUCUGGGGGUGAUCCUCUACAUGCUGGUGUGUGGAGUUCCUCCCUUUCAGGAAACCAACGACAGCGAGACCCUGGUGAUGAUUCUGGACUGUCGUUACUCUGUCCCUGAACACGUCUCCAGCGGCUGCAGAGACCUGAUCUCGAGCAUGCUCCAGAAGGAUCCCUGUCGCCGUGCCUCACUGGACGAUAUCGAGGCUCACAACUGGCUCCAAGGUUUGGAGAAUGUGCUGCUCAGCCCAGAGGCUCCGCCCCACUGGCUCUCAGGGGCGUUGUCGCUCAGCGCUCCCCUCUCAGGAGCGCCAGAAAGCGGGGACCUGCUGGCCGCAAAGCCCCGCCCUCUGAAGUCUUUUCCCGGGCCGUGGCAGCCGAGUCUCAGCCUCACCCUCCGUCCACCUCCUGUGGAGGAGCCCACUGUCCCCAAGAACGUGCCUGCUCUUCAGCAGAUCUGUGAGGAGGAGGACGAGGAGGAGGACGAGGAGAAAGAGGAGGGUAGUUUGGACGAAGGAGAAAGUCUGGCAUCUCCGUUCGCAGCAGAACCGGAGAAGGAAGCUGAGGAGAUGCUUGACGGAGCAGAAGAUCGAGUCUGCAGAGAACAAUGCGAGAGAGAGAAGAAGUGUGGAAGCUCAGUGGAGAUGAUAGAGGAGGAGGAGGAGGACGAGGACGAGGCAGAGACGGAGAUGGAAUUAGAGAUUAAAGACAGUGGGAGUGUAAUUGCGUACCAGCCGACGAGUCACGUAGACAAAUCAGUCAGUCAGACCCCUGAAGUCCCAUCAUGGUCUCUGCCCGGCCUGGUCCCGUGUUGUCAGGGGCAACCGGACAACCAGACAACAGCAGAGGAAGGAAAGGACGAGGAGGUGGAACCCAACAACAACACCAACAAACCUCCCUCCCCCCUCCCUGCGUCCGCUGCCCGACUCAGCCUGAACUGCAAAGACGCAGGAAGCGAGGGAGCGCGGGAAGAAGCGACAAAGGAAGGGGUAAAGGACGACCUCCUAACAGACAGAUCGCCCCCCCACAAUGCACUUGGGACCCGCGACGAGGCAACACCCAGGGUGGAGCCGGGGAAGCGGCACAGCAUAAAGCUGCGCGAGAGACUCUUUCAGUUCCCCCUGUGCGAGAAAGCUCUGGCCCUCAACAUACCGACACACAACAAGCCCAAGAUCCUGCCGCUGGCUCAGUACAACUGCUGCCGUGUGCUGUGAGUGGAACCCUGUGAGUUUCCUGCUGCAGAGACCUUGAGACGUGAAAGCCUGAAACCACCAAGUGUACAGGAACGGGACGUGUUAUAUUGUUGCACUCAUGUACGAAGGGAUGGUUUAGGGUGUUUUUUUGUCCCCAGUGUGGUUGUAUGUCUCCUUUUCACUGGGAACCAGCCUAGAACAUGGACAGUUGUUAGUGGGGGACACAAGGG